AUGAAGUUCAAGUUUGUAGAUGAAGACUUACUGGCGAUCUUGAAGGAUGAAGGCAAAAAUCCUGUAAGAAAAGUGUGGAAGAUGUUUUUUGAUGGAGCAUCCAAUAUAAUGGGGCAUGGCACUGAGAUGGCCAUUGAAAAAAAGAUUGGGACACUAGAAGUAUAUAAGGAUUUAGCUUUGUUUGUUGGUAACGUGCGUGGUGACAAACCUGUUGGUCGUGAGCUUCUCCUUAUUCUUGCAAAUUGGAUAUGUGACAACUAUUUAAGGGAUCCAUCGGUUAAAUUGAUUGUUAAAAAUGUUCACCUUCACAUUCUUCCUUCAAUGAAUCCUGAUGGGUUUUCUCUUAGGAGCCGUGGUAAUGCAAAUGGUAUUGAUCUAAAUCGAGAUUUUCCAGAUCAGGCAAGGUUUGCUCUUCUUUUUUCUUUUCUAAUGGCCAAAAUAGUCAUAAUUGGUGCCUCUCUUCAGAGUAGAUCAGAGGAUUUACUUUUGGUGAUAAUAAUUGUCAAUGCUAAGGAGUAUGAAGGCUUGUACUACCUUAAGGAUCCUCAACAAGUGAAUAAACAAGCUUUGGCUCUAAGUGGUGAAUCUGUUUCUAUUUCUAAGGAAUUAUGUUAUGGCACAAUAGAUUAG